AUGCCAGCCUCUAAAUACACAAAUACCGACGACGCCGCCGGCAGCUCAGUCACCACCGGCGGGCGAAGAUCGAGCGCUACGAGUCCUACUCGGUCAUGGAACAAAGGCGGGCUAUCGAGCCAGCAUCCUGCUUGGGACCUUGAGAGGUCUAUCAGGAAGGAGAGGGAGGAGAGGGCAGCUGCGGCUGCGGCGGCUAAGAAAGAACAGAAACUGCAGCGGAAGCGAGAGGAUCAAGAACAAAGUCGAGCGCUCCGGGAAGGGUCGGCGACUGAAGCUGAUUAUCAUGAGGCGAUGGAUGAAUACUGGAGUGACUAUGGGGACGAAGAAGGGGGUGGGACUAGUCUGUCUAGACAGUCUAGUACUCGUGGUCCCGAACAAAGAAUUCCUCGUAGUGAGGACGAGACUAGGGCGCCAACCUUUGUCGAUGACCUGCUCGAGUUUGCUGGUAUUCGGAGAUCUCGGUCUAAUGGUUCUUCCAAGAACACAUGA